AUGUCGUUGAUUCCUGACGGAUUUUCGGUCCUCGACAAGCUCGAGAAACACUUUGAUCGCGUUUGGGUGGAAGUGGACGUGGCGUUUGGACGACUGGAUGGCAUGAGAGGAGAACGUGGUGACGAAAUUAGAGGGAAACUGCACACCUUGUCAGUCAUAUUUAGUCAUCUUGGAGAGAAAGCGCGCUCUGUCUUCGAAACAAACAUGAAACAAGAGGCUCAGUUAGUGCACUUCAGAGAUGAAGUGUCAGAGCUGACGUCUACUAAUGCUGCUCUUGAGAAGGAACUAGAAGGUCGUCUAAUCCAACUUCAUGCUGCUCAAGUCCAUUUGCAGUCGUACAUGAGAACAGACAGCAGCCUAGAGAUGGACACCUUGAAGGCAAAGCUCGAUGCACAGAUAGAUUCGCUGAAAGCGAAUGUUGCAAGAGAAGCCAAGUUAGCUGCAUCUGUACAACAACUGGAACGAGAAAAUGCAAAGUUGAGAGAGUGGGUGAAGGAGGCACAAGACAUAAGUGCAGGCUCCAAGCUGACAGCAAGAUACUUGGACAAGGAGCUCUCUGGAAGGCUUCAAGAGAUACAACUACUGAUUAGUGAGAUUCGGUAUGGAAAAAACAUGGCUGUAUGGAGUCGACUGGAAUCGGAGAUUGCGUUGAACCACCACAGGGCCGUUGUUCAUGCAUGUCGGGUACGUGCUCGUUGUAAGGGCAUGCCUGUUCCUGCAACCAGACUUGCAGGAAAUCAGAGAAAAGCUCUAAUGUCAAAACCUGAUGCAACAGCCGGAUUUAUUAGCAACGAGGACAGAGAAAACGGCGUGAGAAACAUACUUGUUGUGAGAGCUAACGAUGAACAAUUGGGGCUAUCUAUUGCAGGUGGACGGGAGCAUGGCUUACCCAUUAUUGUUUCUGCCCUGGAACCUGGACAGGCAGCAGCUCGUGCCCAUGGUCUGUUCAUUGGGGAUACUAUACUUGCCGUUAAUGGGCAGGAUGUGAGACAUGCUACGCACAGUGACGCUGUAGCUGUUCUCGAGAAAGCAGUUGACGAAAUUCAACUCGAUGUUGUGUAUCUUGAUCUCAGUGAUGUUGAAGAUGAGGAUGAAGAGAGCAUUGAAAGUAGUCGUCACUUGCAUCCUGGUGUUUCAAUGAUGGAAGUCCAACCCGUGGCUGGUAAUUUUCCUGUAAGUGAGGCCAGUCAAGCUGGCUUUGGUGGGGUUGAGUCUGAUACUGUUGAUUGUCAAUCAUACCACUUGUCACAACUGACUGACUCUGCUACAGUAUUUAAUUCGGAUUAUACAUUUUAGGAUAUUCAAUGUAUUAUAGUUAUUUAAUGAAAGCUGGAAUUUGAUUUUCUACUCAUACAGGAAUACAGGAGGGUUUCAAUUGACAUUUGAUUGUUGGUAUCAAUCUGAUAUUGCAGAAGGAUGCGACUGACUGACCAAUAUCAAGGGUAUGUGUAUUUAAUGUGUGUGCAUGCAUGUGUUGUGUGU